CUCCUUUGUUCUUCAAGCCAAACAAUAAAGUCAGUUCUCUUUCACUUACUUCGUGUAGAAUCGAAGUCUUCAAUGGCGAAACUGAAGAUAGCAGGCACGUGGGUUGGCGUGUUAGAGGUGGAACUGGAAAACUGGAGCAUACCCAUGUUGCGAGAAGAAGUUGCAAAGCGAUCAAACAUGUUGCCUCAGACCGUCAACUUGAUAUGUGCUGGAAAAGUCUUGAAAGACGGCGAUGGCAGUGAAAAUUUGAGCCAAUUGGGUAUCAGAAAUAACGCUAAGAUUCUCGCCACUCGUCUCUCUGUUGACGAGGGCAAGUCGUUGAAGGAUGAGUUGAUCGCUGAAGAAGAACGUUCUCGAAGAUUCUCCCGCAUCAAGGCAGCUGCUACCGCACUUGUUAAGAGACAUGCAGAUGGUUCAUUACCAGUUGAGGACUUCAAUCUGGAGCUUGAAGAUCAAAAUGGACAGAAAAUACAAUUUGGGUCUGAGACUGAUCGGCGGGCAAUGAUGAUGGGUCUGAUGCUUCAUGCAAAUGCUAAGAGUCUAAUUAAGAGGGAAAUGUAUAGGGAUGCUUUGGAAGUGCUCACCAUGGGAGAGGAGGCUUUCUCUCUUUGCAAUCCCAAGGUCAUUGAGCUUGUUGACAAUGUCCCGAUUCUGCAAAUAGACAUGGUCUGGUGCUAUUUUUUGCUCCAAGACAUUAGCUGGCUUUCAGUGGCAGGAGUACGCCUUGAAAAAGCUAGAGAGGGAAUACAACGUUCUCAUGGAAAAGACUCCUCACGUAUGAGACUGCUUCAAGCUGGUCGUUAUCCAGAGCUUGCUUUACAUUUAAGAAUGGAGCUGUUGGAAGGGGUGGUGGCAUAUCACAGUGGUCAGUUCGAUAAAUCUCGGAAGGCAUUGUCCUCUGCACAAGCAAAAUUCCUUCAGCUACAAGUGCCAGAUGAAGCCUUAUCCUUGGUUAUCAGCAUGGGCUUCAGCGAACAUGAUGCAAAGAGGGCUUUGCGAAUAAGCAAUCAAGAUGUUGGGAGUGCCAUUGAUUUUCUUGUGGAGGAGAAGGCAAAGAGAGCACAGCAAAGGGAGGAUAAUGAACGGCAAAGAAGGGAAAUAAUGGAGCAAAAAAAGUAUGGAGUGACACCUUUGAAGAAAGCUGUGGAUCUCCAAAACUUAAAAGAAUUGGUCUCGAUUGGGUUUGAGAAAGAGCUUGCUGCUGAAGCCCUUCGAAGAAAUGAGAAUGACACUCAAAAAGCAUUGGAUGACUUAACAAAUCCAGAAACAAAUUCUGCAUUACAGGUUCAUAUUGAAUCUAAAAAAAGGAAAAGACGUCGACAAGCAGCAGAUGCUACAAUUGAACAGCUUGUUUCUAUGGGUUUUGAACGUUCAAAAGUGGUUGAAGCUUGUCAGGAUGGUAGCAAUUUUGACCAAGCAAUGGCCCGACUACUUGAGCAACCUGGGUUAAACCCCACAUGUGCAGGUAACAACAGUGAAAGUUCCUCCGUUUCAAUGCCUAACAACGAUGGUGCAAGUAGUUUGAGUGGCAAUGAGGAUGUUGAAGGUACAUCAACAGCAAUGACAAAUGAAAUAGAAGAGCGAGAUGCAGAGAUGGAGGGUGAACUUGCCAAUGAAUUAACGGGAGAUGCGUUUUCGGACUAUGACAUUGAAGUUACAAAAGAAGGUGAAGCAAUAAAUGAGUACUUGGCUCUGCUUGAGUCAGCCAAGUGAGAAGAAAACACAACUUCUAACAAUAAUGCAAGGUAAAUACGUGUAUAAUAAUAAUAAGGUAUGUGUUGUUGUAUUAAGGCAGAAGUAGAUGUCAAUAUUUAUGUUUAUGGUGAUGGGGUGAAGCUUUAAUUAUUUGGAAUCUCUAGUAGUAGAAAUAAACAGUUCUGACAAGCUUUUAUUCACUGAGUAUAUGAUCACUUUAUCACAGCAUAUUUCUGUUUUCUA